GUGUUCUGCGCGUUUGUCUGACACCCUGUUUGUUUUGCUUCGAUGGCGGCAAGGGGACUCUUGUUUAGUUUCAUUUGUUUGUUCUUUUAAUGAUCAUUUAUUAAUGGAGAAAAGGAAAUUUAAUAUCAAUUUGGACGACUCAAAAUUCACCAAGGAGAGAAGUCCGGUGGCAUCUUUGUUCAAGACGAAAGAUGGCAAUGUAGAGAUCUCAUCUGCUCAAAGUGCUCCAACAGCUCCUGGCCAACCACUGUCCUACGCAGAUUUCAUAGUACAGAACAAAAACAGGACUAUUCAGGGAGCCGCCCAUGGAUCAGAGAAGCAUACAUCUGGUGCCCAAAAUACAAAUAAUGAUCCUGCAGGCAAAAGUUGCUUAAGCACAGCUGGAAUUGAGUCAGUAACUAAGACCUCCACAGAUUCAGGGAAACCCGAGACUGUCCAGCAGGGACCAGCUGAGGUACCCACAAAAGAGGAUGGCCAGAGUUCGGAGAGCUGUGUAAUUGCUCCUCAUCUCUUAGGAUCAGGAAACAGUAUCAUUGUCAGUCCUCGACAGAGAGGAAACCCCAUCCUAAAGUUUGUAAGAAAUGUUCCUUGGGAGUUUGGAGAAGUGGUGCCAGACUAUGUUUUGGGACGGACAACAUGUGCUCUCUUUCUCAGUGUGCGCUAUCAUAAUCUGAACCCAAAUUAUGUCCAUGAGCGUCUGAAACAGCUGGGCCAGAGUUUCACCCUCAGAGUUUUGCUCGUCCAGGUUGAUGUGAAAGACCCACAUCAUGUGCUGAAAGAACUCGCUCGAAUAUGCAUCAUGGCUGACUGUACCCUCAUCCUGGCCUGGAGCCCUGAAGAAGCAGGUCGUUACCUUGAAACAUAUAAAUCUUAUGAGAAGAAACCUGCAGAUCUUCUGAAGGAACAAGUGGAGAAAAAUUACCUAUCCCAGGUAACCGAUUGUUUAACCACAGUAAAGUCAGUCAAUAAGACAGAUGCCAUGACUCUCUUGUCUACUUUUUCUUCUCUGGAGGGCAUCAUUAAUGCUUCUAAGGAGGAGCUUGUGUUGUGUCCAGGACUUGGUCCACAGAAGGCAAGGAGACUUUAUGACGUACUGCAUCAGCCCUUCAUAAAAACCAAGAAGAAGGAAAGUGGAUAAGCUGCCUUUUAGAAAAUCAUCAAGUAUUUAAAAAGGCUCUAGAAGCCUCUGUUGCACAUGGACACUGGGGGUUUCCAAUGAGUCUAUGGUUUCUAAUGGUCUCUGCCUCUAAGUUGGGCAUGUAUGUAUUAUAGCUAUUUUUGUGUGUGUGGUUUAUAGGUCUAAAUGUAACCCAUUUUUGUCAUUCUAAGUGUAAUCUCAUUUAGAUGUAUGAUGUUAGUUGUUGUGAAAGGAAUGUCAGAGUAAUUUUCUUUUUUUUUGUGAAUGGUAUAAUAAAUGUCUGAAUUAUUUUGCAAAACUGAAUUUUGAGUUGUUAUUUAGAGGUGGUAGGCAAAUAUCAAUAUUUCAUCACAAAACUCAUAAACAAAGUUAAGGAUCCCACCUGUUAAAAAAUUGGGUUGAAUCUGCAAAUUCUAAAUGAAAAGAGCACAAGUUUGAGCCCACUGAGGUUUGGAAUACCAACCCAUUAUGAAUUUUAUAUUACAUUGCUCUGAGUGUGAACCACUGAUCUAUUAUAAAUGACUAGAUUGCGCAUAGAACGCUUACCGUAACAGCGUGAGGUGAAGCCAGUGCAUAGUUCAAGCGGCCAUCUUGGUGUGCCCAACGAUCUAAAUUCACCCGGUUUACAGCGUAUUAGUCACACAAGAUAAUUUUUUAGGAUAUGUGUACAUAAAUUAAUUGUUACUUCUGGUGUUAUUUGCAAUGUUUAUGUUUUAAUCAGGCAGGGUAGGGAUUAUAAUAAAAUGUUAAGGUGAGUGUGCCUGCUGCAUUCUGGUAAUGACACAGGUAUAAAUAAAGUUUUUUGACAUUAAGCUCCACGGUCAGCUUUAUUUCUCUGAAUAAGUUUAGGUAACAUAAUUACAAAACCAGCAAAUUAUUGCAUGCACAUACGGUACAAAGCAUGAUUAUUUAUUUAGAUUUCAGAAUGAGCACGUUUGUCAUUAACACUAAAUAUGCUGCAAUCUGUCCGCUGAUCUGAUACUGUAAUGAAGAUGAAUGUAUAGUAACUCACUGUUUAGAAAGCAAAAUAUACAACUUUCAGUAAAUAACUAUGUAAAUGCUUAGGACGACAAUGAUAAUGUACAGGGAGACUUUAAAAAGGAGACUUGAAAAUAAUGUUUUAUCAUUAAAGUCUGAUAAAGUCCAUGGAUUUAAUAAAUUGUUUGGGCAUACAAAUAUGGCGGCGCAGUGGCAUUACAGAAGCAUUCCUAUGUGAUGCAGUGCCAUCAAGUAUGGUUUUUCAGCCUUGACCCUUACACACAGAGAUUGUUCCAGAUUCUCAUAAUCUUUGGAUGAUAUUAUGCACUGUAGAUGAUGAUAAAUUCAAACUCUUUGCAAUUUUUCUCUGAGAAACUCAGAAAACGAUAGUUUCGCCGCAGUAUUGGGGAAAAUUGAUGAUUCUCUGCCUAUCUUGACUUCUGACAGACACUUUUUUAUACCCAAUCAUGUUGUCAAUUAACCUAAUAAGUUGCAAAUUAGUCCUUAAGCUGUUCCUUUUAUGUACAUUUAACUUUUCCGGCCUCUUAUUGCUACCUGUCCCAACUUUGUUUGGAAUGUGUAGCUCUCAUGAAAUCCAAAAUGAGCCAAUAUUUGGCAUGACAUUUCAAAAUGUCUCACUUUCAACAUUUGAUGUGUUAUCUAUAUUCUAUUGUGAAUAAAAUAUAAGUUUAUAAGAUUAGUAAAUUAUUCCAUUCCUUUUUUACUCACAAUUUCUACAGUGUCCCAACUUUUUCUGAUUUGCAGUUGUAAAUAAAUGCGAAUUAUAGUCCAUAUAUAGUUUUUUCCUCUUCAUGACGUAUUUUUUGACUGAUGCGACUUAUACUCCGGAGUGAUGUAUAGUCCGGAAAAUACGGUACACAUUCAGACGCACUAACCUCUGGAGGCGUUCCCAAAGUGUCAACGCAGUGACGUAGCGCGAGUUACCUCGAAAGGGAAAUGUAACAAUGUUCUAAAACAAUGUAUCGUAACACGAUGUAACCUUGAUCUCACUUAAAAUGUGUCCCCACAUUUAGUCCUUGAAUUUUAGGGUUUUGGACCAGGUCCUUGAAUUUGAAGUUAACUAAGAUGUGGGAACCCUGAUUUGGCACAGUCACCAAUUGUAUUAUGAACCGACAGCGCAGAGACUGUCAUGUAUCAUGUAUGAAAUAAUACAAAUACUUUAUGCUUCAAAAUAAUCCAACAUACUUAUUUUGUAAAAUGUAAACAUCCACUUUCUGUCAUUGAUUGCAAGCAAAAACUGUGCUCUGACCAAGAGUUGUAACACAUCAUAUUUACAGUAUAAGCAUGAAUGUUAAAAUAAUUAACUUUUAAUGACAUAUUUUGUCCCUUUGACUCACUGGCUUAUUUUAACCUUGUCCAGAAAUGUAAAUGUGGUUUGAUGCAAGAGGGGGAGGAGUUGACUGAGAUUGAGUAGGGUUGAGCAUAUUUAGAGC